AUGGGAGCACGCACGCGCAGCGCCGAGGGGCGUCGCUCAUCAGCGCCUGCGAAGCAGCACAGCGGGCGAGUGGCGCUCGGGGAUUCCCUCGUGGAGUACCACAAGGGUUAUACGCAAACGGAGCACCGCGCGUGCGCCGCCUGCGGGGAGCCCAUCACGGACAAGUACCUGCUGCAGGUGAGCGGGCGGGCGUGGCACGCCACCUGCCUGCGCUGCUGCGUGUGUCAGCUGGCGCUGGACCGGCAGCCCUCGUGCUUCAUGCGCGACGACUCCGUCUACUGCAAGGCCGACUACGCCAAAAGCUUCGGCGCCAAGUGCGCCAAGUGCUGCCGGGGCAUCGCGGCGAGCGACUGGGUGCGCAAGGCGCGCGACCACGUCUACCACCUGGCGUGCUUCGCGUGCGACGCGUGCAAGCGCCAGCUCAGCACGGGCGAGGAGUUCGCGCUGCACGACGAGCGGGUGCUCUGCAAGACGCACUACCUGGAGAUCCUCGACGGCGGAUCCACCUCCUCCGACGAGUUGCGUUCACCUUGA